UAUAUUUUAAAAAUCUUUCAAAACAGAAACAAAAGGAAGUCAUGGAGAAGAAUGGAAGCAAACACAAACUUCGUGUUUGUGUCGCUACUUGCAAUCGGGCUGAUUAUUCAAAAUUAGCUCCCAUUAUGUUUGGUAUUAAGGCAGAACCACAGUUCUUUGAGCUUGAUGUUGUAGUUCUUGGUUCCCAUCUGAUUGAUGAUUAUGGUAACACCUAUCGCAUGAUUGAACAGGAUGACUUUGACAUUCAUACAAGGUUGCACACUAUUGUGAGAGGCGAGGAUGAGGCAGCCAUGGUGGAGUCAGUGGGCCUUGCAUUGGUGAAGUUACCAGAUGUCCUGAAACGCUUGAAACCCGACAUAAUGAUAGUGCAUGGUGACAGAUUCGAUGCUUUGGCACUGGCCACUUCUGCAGCCCUGAUGAAUAUUCGCAUUCUUCACAUUGAAGGUGGGGAAGUCAGUGGCACCAUUGACGACUCUAUCAGACACGCAAUCACCAAACUGGCCCAUUACCACGUGUGCUGCACAAGGAGCGCAGAGCAGCAUUUGAUAGCCAUGUGUGAAGACCACGAUCGCAUCCUUUUAGCGGGAUGCCCCUCAUAUGACAAGCUUCUCUCUGCCAAAAAUAAGGACUACAUGAGUAUUAUGCGCAUGUGGCUAGGUGAAGAUGUCAAACCCAGAGAUUAUAUAGUUGCUCUGCAGCAUCCUGUGACCACAGACAUUAAGCAUUCCAUAAAGAUGUUUGAGCUGACGCUAGAUGCACUCAUCUCCUUCAACAAGAGAACGCUUGUUCUAUUCCCCAACGUGGAUGCAGGAAGCAAGGAGAUGGUUCGGGUGAUGAGGAAGAAGGGCAUUGAACACCAUCCCAAUUUUCGAGCAGUAAAGCAUGUUCCAUUUGACCAGUUCAUUCAGCUAGUGGCGCAUGCUGGUUGUAUGAUCGGGAACAGCAGCUGUGGUGUCAGAGAGGUGGGAGCAUUUGGUACGCCUGUCAUCAACUUGGGGACGCGUCAGACUGGAAGAGAAACAGGUGAAAAUGUUCUUCACGUUCGUGAUGCUGACACACAGGAUAAGAUUCUGCAUGCUCUGCAGCUUCAGUUUGGUAAACAGUAUCCAUGCUCAAAAAUAUAUGGAGAUGGUAAUGCCGUUCCAAGAAUUCUGAAGUUCCUCAAAUCUAUUGACCUCGAAGAGCCACUGCAAAAGAAAUUCUGUUUUCCUCCUGUCAAAGACAAUAUCUCUCAAGAUAUCGACCAUAUUCUAGAGACACAGAGUGCCUUGGCAGUGGAUCUAGGUGGAACAAAUCUCCGAGUAGCAAUUGUCAGUAUGAAGGGUGAAAUAGUUAAAAAGUAUACCCAGCUCAACCCUAAGACUUAUGAAGACAGACUAGAAUUAAUUCUGAAGAUGUGUGUAGAGGCUGCAUCGGAGGCAGUAAACGUAAACUGCAGAAUUUUGGGAGUGGGUAUUUCCACAGGUGGACGUGUAAAUCCCCGAGAAGGAAUUGUGCUUCACUCCACCAAGCUCAUUCAGGAGUGGAGCUGUGUGGACCUCAGAACCCCAAUAUCUGAUGCUCUGCACUUGCCGGUCUGGGUGGACAACGAUGGAAACUGUGCUGCUUUGGCAGAGAGGAAAUUUGGUCAUGGUAAAGGAAUAGAAAAUUUUGUGACACUCAUCACUGGUACAGGAAUUGGAGGUGGAAUCAUUCAUCAGCACGAGUUGAUCCAUGGCAGUUCUUUCUGCGCUGCUGAACUUGGGCAUAUUGUUGUAUCUUUAGAUGGACCAGAGUGUCUUUGUGGUAGCCAAGGAUGUAUAGAAGCAUAUGCCUCUGGAAUAGCCUUACAGAGAGAAGCUAAGAAACUGCAUGACGAGGAUCUGCUUUUAGUAGAAGGAAUGUCCAUGAAGAAGGAGGAGGUUGUCAGUGCUGCACAUCUCAUUCAAGCAGCUAAACUUGGGAAUGCAAAAGCAGACAGCAUUCUCAGAACAGCUGGGACAGCAUUAGGCCUUGGAGUUGUGAAUAUUCUGCACACCAUGAAUCCCUCUCUCGUGAUCCUGUCUGGAGUUCUAGCCAGCCACUAUGUUAAUGCUGUUAAAGACGUGAUACAUCGACAGGCUUUGUCCUCUGCUAAAACUGUGGAUGUGGUGGUCUCAAAUCUAGCAGAUCCUGCUCUUCUUGGAGCUGCUAGCCUAGUACUGGAUUAUACUACACGUAGAACAUACUAGGUACCAGGAAGAAUUAUAUAAAUGGACUCUUCAAAUUCCAAAUGGGUGGAGGGAAUACUGUACCCAAAAUUUUUUCUUUGACCAGAGCAGCUACUGAAUCAGAGUAGUGUUCCAAAUAGUUAGGGACUACUUUGGCAAUUCCUAAUUGAGGUGGUAUCUUUUCUGUAUUUUUUCUCAGUUUUGUCCAAGUUCAUAGGAACUAAUGUGCAAUUGUGUUGUUUUUAAUCACCUCUCUGGGCAAGCCCAGAUGUUGCUUUAGGUGUAGUUGAAUUAUUUAUGAACAAAUCUUGAUGUACUGUGGGGACCAGAUGUGGGGCGGUAUGUCAAAUUAUAGCUAAUGCUUCAGGUCCUACAUGCUAUUUCUCACCUAUAUGAAAUGAAAUACCUACAAUUUGACUAGCUUUUCCAUUUCCAAGCUUCCACUCACAAGUAAAUAUGUAAUUAGAAAUAGUAGGUAGUAGAUUCAGUGGGUGAAAAGAAGAGAGGUGUUACCUCUACAAACAGAAGGGCUGCAUCUAGAAAUUGUGGUUCACGAAGGACUUGGCAGAGGCAGUUAUUUAUUGCAGCACCUUUAGAGGGCUAAGUCCCAUUUUAGAAUCUUUGCAUAUGAAGGAAAAAGACUGUGAUCUUUUGAGUUUACAGGCUGCCAGAGCUGUCCAAAGAAAAUGAUAAGCAUAGCAGCGAGCAUCUUCAUCAUCUGGCUAUGGCCAUCAGUAAAUUAUUUGAAUGUUAUUGUUCUGGGUUUUCUGGGUUUUGGGUUUUUUUUUCUUUUUUGUUUCUUUUUUUUUUUUGUGGUAAACUGCAUGGGAAGGAUUUUGUUUCUCAAGAGACUUGGUCAACUACAUUUUGUCUCCCACAGCAGAGAGGGUGGCCAGUCAGAAUUCUAUUAAUGCGAUACCGCUGAGCAUAAAGCCUCUACUUUUCAAGAAAUUUCAUCCACUGCAGAGUAACAUAGUGCAUCUCCUCAGCCAUGCUGGUGGAGGUACAUUGUUCUUUGACUUGCACUCACCAUCAGCUCAUGGGAUGGAGAGUCAAAUCUGAGGCCUGAUGCUCACCUUCAAGGCAUUCAGUGGCCAAGGAGCAGAAUAUGUCAUGUAUCAAUAAACACUUGCCUAAGGUGAACCAUGGUUAGUAUGAUACAGUGGAACUUUCUACCAGAAAGGCUUUCUGUGAGGGAGAUAAGACUGUCCGGGAAUCUCAUCAUAGGUUGAAGGCCAUGCAGAGAAGCCCUCUUGACCGUGUAAGGCAAGUUUCUUUGACCACAACUUUGUGACAUAAAUACAGUUCUGUCUUUAUCCAACUGUUCUUUAGCACACUUUCAAGAUACUGUCAGAGUAACCUGAUGACAAUUACUUGCCACAAGGAAGAACUAAAAAACAGAACCACCUAACUGAUCAGCUCUCCCAGACCGAAGACACCUGCCAGGGCAACAGUCAUGAGAUUGUUAUCUGCUUUGCAUUUCAUGAUCUGUUUUAACAACCACUAAUUCAACCACUGCUGUCAGUAUUUCUCAGCAGGUCUGUAUUUCUGCAUAGUAAUAUACUAGUAUGGGGAAUUAGAGGGAUUUUUUCCACAAACGUGACUCAAAGAAUUUUUCAACAGCCAAAAUGAAGCACCCUUUUCCAGUUGCUGCCAUCUGCCACACAAUAACCUUGGAGUGAAUACACAUUAGUAGACUAUAGUGGACCACUUUAUUGACUGCUUCUUGAAAUGAAUCAACAAUGAAAUAAUUACACAAGUAGCCUUCACUUCAUCCUCUCCUGUGCAGGGAAAGCUGAGCAUUUGCAUUUUUUUUUUGUAACUGACUUUAGGACCAACACCAACUCUUCUUCAGUGUCUCCAAGAAAAACUAUACAGCUUGCUCCCGCAAACCUCCUACACCAGUCUUUGUAUAUCUUUCUUAAAACCAGCAAAUAAGGUGCCACUGGCAAAAACGUAUCUUAAAGAUUUGCACUUGACAUAUCCAGUAACUGUUACACCAAAAUGAUAUCUUCAUUACCAGGUCAAGGAGAAAUGCGCUUUGUCCCAGCAUGGCAGCAGCUCAGCUCAGAAGUAACAGUAGUAAGGCUCUGAACAGAAAGGAUCCCUGUCAGUCAUCUGACUUUUGCAUCCACUGGUGUCACAGGGACAGCCUGAGCAGAAGUGGGACCUAGCGUCCACUUUCUAGACCUCCUGAUGCUAUUUUCCAUUAUAACUCUGACUCCAGGCAUGAUUCUGACUAGCAGCUGGGAGGAGGUUGCAGGCAGUAAGGACCCAUGCAAGACUAAGGUGCUUUGGAAAAGUUCAUCCCGAAACACCUUUGAAGUCUUGUCCGUUUAAGAAAAGUGAUCUUAAAAUACUGUCAAAAUUAUUUUUCUGGCAACUGGAUAAGAAAAACCUGCUACAUAAAUGCAAGUGGUGCAGAAUUCCUCACAGUUUUCCCUGAGGAGUUUGUGGGCUUAUACAAUUAAAAGGCAUUCUUUCAUAUUAAA